CAUCUCACUCCUGUUCCUCUCAGGAUCUUCAUCUCCAUGAUUUCUCGUCCGGCGCUGGAGCAGCUCACAUUAACUCUAGUGCGAGUGUGUUUGUGACAUCUGCAGAUUCACUCGUGCUCAGAUGGAACAUUUCACUCACAGUGGAUUUAUUAACGCUGGAGGAGUAAAAGCGCAGACAUUUACCAUGUUUACCUGAGGACAUCUGCUGCUGGACGAGUCUUCUGUAAGUACAGCUUCAGUCUUUGAAGAACAAGGCAGAGCGGGGCAUGUUGUCACACUUUUCCUUCAGUGAAGAAAUCUUCAAAUCUGGACUCCAGCAUUAAUUCAAGAUCACUGGACACACACUGAACUCUAGAGCGGGGCAUGCUGUCACACUGUGUGGGGAGAUGGCCGUGCUGAAGCGCGUGUGAAUCACUAUGGAUGGAGAGAAGAACAUCACCAUCAGCGCCAACAUCUCCGACGCGCACCUGCUCCCUCACAGCCUGUGGGAGGUGGUCACCAUAGCGACCGUCUCCGCCGUGGUCAGCCUCAUCACCAUUGUGGGCAAUGUUCUGGUGAUGCUGUCCUUCAAGGUGAACAGCCAGUUGAAGACGGUCAACAACUACUACCUGCUGAGCCUGGCCUUCGCCGACCUCAUCAUCGGCGUCUUCUCCAUGAACCUCUACACCUCCUACAUCUUGAUGGGCCGCUGGGCUCUGGGCAGUCUGGCCUGCGAUCUGUGGCUGGCUUUGGAUUACGUGGCCAGUAACGCGUCCGUCAUGAACCUGCUGGUCAUCAGUUUUGACCGGUACUUCUCUAUCACGAGGCCGCUGACGUACCGUGCCAAACGGACACCGAAGCGCGCCGGAAUUAUGAUCGGUUUGGCCUGGCUCGUGUCUUUCGUCCUCUGGGCUCCGCCGAUCCUCUGCUGGCAGUAUUUUGUGGGGAAGCGAACGGUUCCUGAAGGACAGUGUCAGAUCCAGUUCUUCUCCGAACCCGUGAUCACAUUUGGGACGGCGAUAGCCGCCUUUUAUAUUCCCGUAUCCGUCAUGACCAUCCUCUACUGCCGGAUUUAUAAGGAGACCGAAAAACGCACCAAAGAUCUGGCUGAGCUUCAAGGAGUCAACUCUUCAACCAGUUCAGAUGUGCAGAAUCAAAAGAUUCGUUCCUGUUUCACCUCGAAGGAGACGUCCUGGUCGUCUAAACCUGUGGACGAGCAGCUGACCAACUUCAGCUACGCUUCAUCCGAAGAUGAAGAGCGUUCGGCUUCUCCUUGCAUCUUCAAAGAAGAGAGCUCCAAGACGAGUCCUGCUCGAAACAAGAAGUGCGUUUCUUACAAAUUCAAGGACGUUCGUCCGAUUAAGAAUGCUAACGGAGACGAAAAGCCUUCGUCGUUCUCGUCAGCCGAGUCUGUGAACGCGCCAUCCUCCUCGUCUUCCUCCAAACCCAUGGACGGCACGCUGAAAAGCCAGAUCACCAAGAGGAAGAGGAUGGUUCUGAUCAAAGAGAAGAAGGCGGCGCAGACUCUGAGCGCCAUCCUGCUGGCCUUCAUCCUCACCUGGACGCCCUACAACAUCAUGGUGCUGAUCUCCACCUUCUGCUCCGACUGCAUUCCGCUGUCGCUCUGGCAUCUGGGAUACUGGCUGUGUUACGUCAACAGCACCGUCAACCCCAUGUGCUACGCGCUCUGCAACAAGACCUUCCAGAAGACCUUCCGCAUGCUGCUGCUGUGCCGCUGGAGGAAGAAAAGGCUGGAGGAGAAGCUCUACUGGUGCGGACCAAACCCUGCUGCAGGAAACAAACUCACCUGAGAGAGUCUGGACUGAGAUCUGGGACCAAACUUCACACUUAAACUCGGACUGUCAACUGCACCGCACAUAUUCCACUGAGGCUUUUCUCAAAGGGAUUUACCACCAUUCAGCUCUUCAUGUUUUUGUCUCUUCUGCUCACCAAACCUGCAUUUAUAUCAUCAAAAAUACUGUAAAAA